GAAUUCCGAUGUCAUGUGUUUCUGUCAAAGCUGAACAUUGGCGCUUUAUGAUAUUGACCAGAAUAGACAAACAAAGGAGCAACGUGUGCUAGCGAAUGCUCUGAAAAAUCUAUUCUGGUUUCUUCCUCUUCAGGUGAGUUUGUGAAGCGAAGCAUAGUCAAUGCUCUUGCAAUUGCAUGCCAUUGCCCCUCAACACUGAAUACAUAGCCAUGGAUUCUAUGCUUGUUGGAUCUUCAACCACCACUGUGGUAGGUGGAAAUCGCUGGCAGACCAAAAAUUGCAUCAACAAUCACACUGAAAGUUCUAAUGCACCAAGAGCUUCUUGGCUCAAAUGGAAUAUUCCAAAAGAAUACAACCUUUUGAGGCUCCGGCGGCUGAGUCUGAACCAUCAGUCCAAAGGCAUUGGAGGAGGGUCUAUGUAUCAAGAAUGCAAUAGGAAAUAUGUUGUGAAAGCAGCCCCUGGAAAAUCUUUUGAAUCUGAACCUGAUGCUUUAGAUCCCAAAGAUGUUUUGGGCAGUGUCAAAAAUUCCUUGGAUGCUUUCUACAGGUUUUCUAGGCCACACACAGUUAUUGGCACAGCAUUGAGCAUAAUUUCUGUGUCUCUCCUUGCAGUGGAGAGAUUAUCAGAUGUAUCUCCACUAUUUUUUACUGGUCUGUUAGAGGCUGUGGUAGCUGCCCUGUUUAUGAAUAUCUACAUUGUUGGUCUGAAUCAAUUGUCUGAUGUUGAAAUAGACAAGAUAAACAAGCCAUAUCUUCCAUUGGCAUCUGGGGAAUAUUCCUUUAACACUGGUGUCAUUAUUGUUGCAUCUUUUUCAAUUCUGAGUUUUUGGCUUGGCUGGGUUGUUGGUUCAUGGCCAUUGUUCUGGGCUCUUUUCAUCAGUUUUAUGCUAGGAACUGCUUAUUCAAUCGAUGUUCCCUGGUUGAGAUGGAAAAGAUUUGCAGUGGUUGCGGCAAUGUGCAUUCUGGCUGUUCGGGCAGUUAUAGUUCAACUUGCAUUUUUCCUUCACAUGCAGACAUUUGUAUUCAAGAGACCGGCUCUCUUUUCAAGACCACUGAUUUUUGCUACUGCAUUCAUGAGCUUCUUCUCUGUAGUUAUAGCAUUGUUCAAGGAUAUACCUGACAUAGAUGGUGAUAAAAUAUUUGGCAUCCAAUCUUUUUCAGUACGUUUAGGUCAGAAGCGGGUAUUCUGGAUUUGUGUUGCCCUUCUUGAAAUGGCUUAUGGAGUCGCCCUCGUGGUGGGAGCAGCAUCUCCUUGCCUAUGGAGUAAAAUCGUCACGGGUUUGGGACACGCUGUUCUUGCUGCAAUUCUCUUUUAUCGUGCCAAAUCUGUAGAUUUGAGAAGUAAAGCUUCCAUCACAUCCUUCUACAUGUUUAUCUGGAAGCUAUUUUACGCAGAGUACUUGCUCAUACCUUUGGUUAGAUGAGGAUGCAGCAGCAAUGUUGACUUGAGAAUAAGUUUUGUUUGAAUAGUGCUACAUUUUUCACAGGCCAGCUUUGAGUCUCUACAUUAGCCGUAGUUUAAAGUUUUUAAUUGAAAUUGUAAAUGAAGAAUUAUUUUCUUUUAGGAUGGAUUUUUCUUAAUUGGCUGUCAGGGGUUUCUCCAAUGUUUUUUCUUUUCUUUUCAAAAAGCCUAUUACUGAAAAAAUGAAAUAACUGAAAAACUCGUGAUUCAAGCAUUAUUAUUACUCUCUUUAAA